AUGCCAUCUUUCACGGUUAGUGAUGGAACCAACAUCUACUACAAAGACUGGGGUAAUAAAGAUGCAAAAGGGACUGUCGUCUUUUCACAUGGAUGGCCAUUGAACAGCGAUAAUUGGGAGAAUCAGAUGUUCUACCUGGCCAAUCGCGGUUAUCGUGUCGUUGCCCAUGAUAGACGAGGCCAUGGGCGUUCUGACCAGCCUUGGACUGGCAACAAUAUGAACACCUAUGCGGAUGAUCUUCUCCAACUCAUUGAGCACCUCGAUUUGAAGGAUGUCAUGCUGGUGGGCCACUCGACUGGUGGAGGUGAAGUCGCGAGAUUUCUCGGCCGACAUGGCUCAAGCAGAGUCCAGAAAGCUGUCUUAGUCAGCGCGAUCACCCCAUUUCUACUCAAGACUGAGGACAAUCCGAAAGGUACGCCGAUCGAGGUAUUCGAUUCCUUCCGCGCGGCAAUCGAGAAAGACAGGGCUCAAUUCUUCAUUGACGUCGCCUCCGGGCCUUUCUUCGGAUUCAAUCGCCCAAGCGUCAAGGCCAGCCAGGGUCAAAUCUGGAGCUGGUGGCAGCAAGGAAUGAUGACCGGCAUCCGAGGUGCACACGAAUGUGUUGAAGUCUUCUCCAAGACAGACAUGCGUGAGGACUUGAAGCGCAUUGACAUACCAGUCUUGGUCCUUCAUGGUGACGAUGAUCAGAUUGUACCAUUUGAGGGUAGUGCACCCGAGGUCAUGAAAUUGCUUAAGAAGGGAACGUUGAAGGUUUUUGAAGGAGCUUCGCAUGCUUUGCCUAACAUGAAUAUCGAUGGAGUCAACCACGAAUUGUUGGCUUUCCUUGCAGCAUAA